AUGGAUAAAAACAAAGAAAAGGAAGAGCAGAGUAUCAUGGAUAAAUCCAUGAGAUCAGUUUUCGUUGGAAAUAUACCUUACGAAGCUACUGAAGAGAAACUGAAAGAUAUAUUUAGUGAAGUCGGUCCUGUACUGUCAUUCAAACUAGUGUUUGAUAGAGAAACUGGCAAACCUAAAGGAUAUGGCUUUUGUGAAUAUAAGGAUCAAGAGACUGCGCUGAGUGCUAUGAGAAAUCUUAAUGGUUAUGAAAUUGGUGGUCGGUCCCUUAGGGUCGACAAUGCGUGUACAGAAAAAUCGAGGAUGGAAAUGCAAGCUCUAAUGCAAGGGCCUCAGGUUGAAAACCCAUAUGGUGAUCCAGUAGAACCUGAAAAGGCACCUGAAGCAAUUAGCAAAGCUGUGGCGACAUUACCUCCUGAACAAAUGUUUGAAUUAAUGAAACAAAUGAAGCUUUGCAUUCAGAAUAAUCCUACAGAAGCAAGGAACAUGCUUUUGCAAAAUCCUCAGCUAGCUUAUGCUUUACUGCAAGCUCAAGUUAUAAUGAGGAUAGUGGAUCCAGCUACUGCUGUUAGCAUGCUGCAUCCAUCAAACCCUGUGCCUCCAGUAUUACAGCCAGGAGAUAAGCCUCCACCCAACCCGUACAUGCCCAGUAAUCCACCACCAGUUCAACCACAACCGCCACCAUUGCUGGCGAAUCCUGUACCUCCUCCGAACCAGUUCCCACCUCGACCUGCAAUGGGUGAUGUGGACUUGCGUGGGUCCCGCGCGCCCGCUCCUGUGGUUCCGCCGCUAUUAGACCAGGAUAUGCGCAGUUUGCCGAUGCCACCGCAUCCUGUACCACCGCCAUCGAUACAGCAGGACAGUGGUUUCCCACGUGAUCCUCGUCUGGCCAACACGCAGUUCAAUGCUGAUCCCAGAGUGCGUUCCAACGAUCCUCGGAAUCAACAGAAAAUGCCUCCACAACAAAUGCCACCUGGUAUGCCGAGCAUGGCACAGGCCAGAACUAUACAGGGCAUACCUGGAGCUUCCGAUCAAGAAAAGGCUGCACUGAUAAUGCAAGUGCUACAACUUUCCGACGAACAAAUCGCGUUACUGCCGCCUGAACAACGCGCCAGUAUACUAAUGCUCAAGGAACAAAUUACCAAGAGUACACAACAGCGGUAG